GUUCUGCGUCCAACGGGCGGGCAGUUGGCCGGACCCAGCGGAGAGCUGGCGCCAUGGGGCAAAGUGCGAGCACUUGGCUCUCCCCGGCGCCCGAUGAGUUGCUGGCAGAGUUGAGGUUAUUCUCCAUGGAGGCACCCGACAGCUAUUGGGGCGCUCGCGCCGCAGCUCGCUUCCACUGGGCGGUGAACAUGAACAACUGGAACCCUGAAGGAGGAUCAGAGGGGGAGGAGUUCAGGCUACUGUUGUCGCUGCUACCGGACGAAGAGCAGCAAGCUGUGAUGCAGUACAGGGCCUUGCAAGACCGGAAGAGAACUUUGACAGGGCGAUUGUUGUCACUGCGUGCGUGCGCGCAGGCAAUUGGCGAUCCCGACUUUGAGCAGAUCCAGAUCAGCCGCACCAGGGGCAAAAAGCCCUUCUUGCACUUUCCGCUGGCCAGCAAUCUGCCGAAUUUCAACUUCAAUGUGUCGCACGACGGCAAUUGGGUCGUGUUGGCGAGUGACAGCCUUCAUUUGGUAGGCGUCGAUGUUUCAGCGCCGCAAGUGGAGCGGGGCGACCGCGAAGACGAGACGUGGUUCCAGGAUCUCUCCAUGGUGCUGACGGAGUCGGAGAGGGAAACCAUCAAUUCCGGCUCAAGCCACCAGGAGAGGUAUGCAAUCUUCCAGCGCAUUUGGUCAGCAAAGGAGGCAGUGGCCAAGGCUAUUGGUCAAGGCUUAUCCUUUGGGCUCGAGCGGAUGGAGGUGACCCUUCCAGACUUGCCACAGGAGGAGGGUCUUGGCGGCUUCGUGCUGUCUGCCAUCGGUUUGUCGAGGUCAGACGAAAGGGAGGCAAAGAGAGGUCGGAUGAGUUUCUCCCCAGCUGAAGGCAAGGAGCCCAGGCACCGGGCUCGCACAAGGAAGGUGGACGUACACAUAGACCACUGGCCCCGCGCAGACUGGAGAGUGUACCAGGAGGAGCUUGUGGGUGGAGCAUGGGCCUCUGUGGCCUUGGGCCCAGUCGGUGAGGUAGUUGAUGCCGACGGGCACUUCCGGACGACGUUUAGAUUGCCCAGACUUGGGGGCCCGGCGAGUGUGGAGGAGCUGGCCGCCCAAGCUCGGAAGGAGGAAUCAGCGAGAUGGCUUUCCGAAGCACAAGGUUUUCAGAUGCUGGACAUCGAUACGCUUUUGCCAGAAGAGGCCAAACACAGACUCUCAGAAUUGAGAGUGCGGAGCCUCGCGCAGUGACCCAA